AUGGUUAUUUAUGCAUCCGAUCACAAGUUUCCAACUGUUGAACACAUUGAUCCCCUCAUUUCUGCUGAAAUUCCUGACCCAAACGAUGAUCCAGAGUUGUAUACUCUUGUCAGUGAUUUCAUGAUUCACGGUCCUUGUGGUCCUCACAACAUCAACUGCCCAUGCAUGGUAGAUAAUAAGUGUUCUAAGGGCUUUCCAAAGAGAUUCCGUGAUCAUACGUCCGUCGAUAUGGAUGGUUUUCCUCUCUACAGAAGAAGAGAUUCAGGAAUGUUUGUUGAAAAAGCUGGAGUUAAGUUAGAUAACAGAUUUGUUGUUCCCUACAACAAAACACUUUUGAAGAAAUAUCAGUCCCACAUUAAUGUUGAAUGGUGCAAUCAAGCUGGACCUAUAAAGUAUUUGUUUAAAUAUAUCAACAAAGGGCCUGAUCGUGUUACCGUUUCCAUUGUUGAAAGUAACACAUCAAACGAACCUGACCCGCCGUUUGAUGAGAUUAAAAAAUACUAUGAUUGUCGAUAUUUGUCUGCAUGUGAGGCAUCAUGGCGUAUAUUCGCAUUUGAUGUUCACUAUAGGCACCCAGCUGUUAUUCGUCUCCCAUUUCAUCUUCCGAACCAACAAAAUGUUGUAUAUGGUGAAGACGAUGAUAUUGACUUAGUCCUCAAUCGGCCGUCAAUGAAUUGUUCAAUGUUUUCAGCUUGGAUGGAUUGUAACCAAAGAGAUGAAGUUGCCCGAGAGCUUACUUAUGUUGAAUUCCCUACUAAGUUUGUGUUUAAAAAGGAUGAACGUUGUUGGAAACGUCGGAGACCGGGUGGUUUUGCAAUUGGAAGAAUUCAUGCUGUUUCUCCUACUCUCGGUGAGGCAUAUUUUUUGAGGAUUCUUUUAAACAAACUUAAAGGUCCUCGAUUCUUUGAUGAUAUCCUCACUGUAAAUGGUCGUAAAUUUAAUACCUUUAGAGAAGCAUGUUAUGCUCAUGGUCUACUAGAUUAUGACAUGGAAUAUAUAGAAGCUAUCCAAGAAGCAAGUCAUUCGGGCUCCGGUUAUUAUCUUCGCACACUGUUUGCUACGAUGUUAACGUGCCAGACUUUGUCUUUGCCGGAACGUGUAUGGCAAAAAACAUAG